AUGCGGCUGCUCGAGCUCUUCUCGGGCACGGGGUCCGUGGGCCGCGCCUUCGAGGCCCGCGGCUGGGAGGUCACGAGCCUCGACCUGAACGCCAAGGCCCGCCCGACCAUCUGCUGCGACAUCCUCCAAUGGCACUACAGGGACUACGCUCCCGGCCACUUCGACAUGGUGUGGGCGAGCCCCGUGUGCACCGAGUUCUCCAUGGCCCUCAGGAGGUGGUGGGCCCUCGAGAACCCAGCCACGGGGCUGCUGAAGACGCGCGAGUACAUGGCCGGGCUGCCCUACCACGAUGUCACCUACUGCAAGUUCGGCUAUUUGUACCGUAAACCCACGAGGAUCUGGGGCAACCUGCCCUGGACGCCCUCCCGCGGCGUCUGCAGGAAGGGCGACCGCUGCGAGGCCUACGACGGACGGGGGCACCCGGCGAGCGCGCAGCGGGGCUCCCGCAGAGGCUAUGAGGGCAGCUUCUCCAGGGACGAUCUGUACUCCAUUCCUCCCGCCCUCUGCGACGAGAUUGCCGGGAGCGUGCGUCUCUUCAAGACGCCCGACUACACCGUCAAGCAGCCGCCCGAUCCGGUGGUCUGCAAACCUCCCGCCAACGGGAUCCUUUGCGCGCCCUCGGCCAGCGGGAAGACUGUUCUGCUCGUGUCGAUGAUUUUGGAGCAGUACCGGGGCUGCUUUGAGCGCAUCUUUGUUUUUUCGCCCUCUUGCAUGGUCGAUUCCGCCUGGCAGCCCGUAAAGGACUACGUCAGGGACGAGCUGGGCGUGAACACGGACCGAGAGCAGUGCUUCUUCGAGGACUGGGACGAGGGGGCGCUCCGGAAAAUUAUCGCCGACCAGAAGCGUAUCACGCAGAAGAGUAAGGAACUGGGCCUGAAAAAACUUUACUCUGUUUUGGUGGUCCUCGACGAUCACGCGGAUAACCCCGCGGUCCACCGCAAGACGGGGGACGGCGUGCUGGACACGCUCUUCAUCCGCGGCCGGCACUUCUGCAUAAAUACCUGGGUGAGCACCCAGAAGCUACGGCUGAUGAGCUCCGCCGUGCGGGUCAACGUGAUGUUUUACUGCGUGUUUCGCCUGCGGAACCAGCUGGAGCUGGACGCCCUGGUGGAGGAGCUCUCCGCCAUGCUGCCGAAGGAGACCCUCUACGCCAUGUACGAGGAGGCCACGCGUGAGCCCUAUUCCUUUUGGAUGGUGAACCUCCGCGCGCCCAAGGAAGACAUGUUUUGGGUGCGCUUCGACCGGAAGUGCUGCACCACGACCACGGGCGUCUACGACCCGAGCCGCCACUGGCCCCCGCCCGAGCGGCCCCGGCAGGUCUCGGAGGAGUCGGCCGUCAGCGAGUUCCCGGCGCGGCGCACGGGGAUUUUCCACCGUAAGAGAAAGCUCAUGACCUCCAUCUAUGUGGACUCGCGCCUCCGCGCGCAGGGCACGGACUCCGACUUCUCCUUCGACAUCGGCGAGAGCGUGCACAUCCAGAGCGGGGCCAAGCUGGCCGUCUACAAGGUGCGCAUCGCCGACGCCUUCCUGAGCACGGACCGCGGGACGUUCCUGUACUGGGAAGACGAGGUGGCGGGCACCCUGCACUACGCCGAGCUCCCCGUGGGCGCGUACACGGGCCCUCGGCUGGCCGCGUGGAUCAGCAGCAACUUCGCCGCGGCCACGUACACGGCUGAGACGAACGAGCUGGACGUCACCUACGACGGUGUGCGCCUGAUCCUCAACGACGCCGAGCUCCGGCAGCGCUUCCCGGGCACGGGCUCCUACCCGCCGGGCGCCUCGCCCAGCAAGCCCCUGAGCAUCAACCACCUCCUGGGCCCCAGUUACAUCACGGGCUCCGUGCAGCGCUUCGUGUUCGUCCAGAUGAACGUGUACAGUGAAUUGUAUCUUAGGUGCCCGUCGCUGGCCAACGGCGAGACCACGGUGGGUCCGCUGGGUCACGACAUCCUCUGCAAGAUCGUCGUCUCCAAGGGCGUGGGCCACAUCAUGGAGACCGAGACCUCGGAGGGCCACUGGGUUCAGCUCCACGGGCCCAUCACGCUGCGCCACCUGCGCUUCAAGCUCACCGACUACCAGGGCAACGUCGUGAACACCAGGGGCACCAGCGAAGAUGCACCCGCUCCUGUGGCCGCCGAGCCCUUGGUGGCCGAGCCCCUGGCCGAGCCUGCCGAGCCUGCCGCGCCCGAGCAACCCGAGCCCGCAGCAACCCCACUCCCCGCCCCAGCACAGGUCUCGGAGCCGUCGGUGGUUCCCGCUCCCGAGCCGCCGCAGCCGAAGCGGAGAGGCAGGCCGCCGGGCUCCAAGAACAAACCGAAGCCCGCCCCGCCCACCGUGGCGGUACAACCGGUGGUGGCCGAGCCUCCAAAGGCUCCUCCGACGGCUGCGCCCGCGCCCGCACAGCCUUCGGAGCCCCCCGCAGCCCCCCAGCAAGAGCCAACCGAGCCCGUCCGUAUGACGCCCUCGGAGGCCCGCCAAGCCCGGCACCUCUCCCGCGCAGACCGCUUCCACGAGCUCCUGGCCUUCCACAAACAGUACCCAAGCUACAACCUGACGCCGCUGCUCUACAAGAGGCAGCAGCAGCUCAUCGACGCGCGGGCCUUCAACGAGUGGCUGGCCAACCGGCGGCUGCGCCAGGAGGGCGAGAGCUACGCGGACGAGCUCGGGCGCAUGACCGACGCCGUGAACCGCAGGAUCCCCCAGCUGAGGUGGGCCCCCGCCGAGCGGGCGGGCGUGCGCCGCAUGGCGCGGGACGUGGCCGCUGGCCGGAAUACUAGCGUGCUGGGCUUCAUCGCCGAGGGCGAGCCCCUGCCCAUCAAUCUCCCGAACCGCAACGCAUCCAUCCUGACCUCCUCACAUUUUUGGUUGACUGACUACCCGCAGAGCAGCGAGCCCGAGCCCGCGCCGCUGCCCCACACGACCGUGGACCCCGCUGCGGCCUACGAGGACGCCAACGAGGGCUACUAUGGCGUGCCCUUCCUGCGCCCGAGGCCCUUCGACCUGGACAGCGAGUCGGACGUGGCCGUGGAUCCCGGGCAGGCACUGAGAAACGACGGGUUUAACCCGCCGCCGGCGCCGGGCUUCCUGGGGCGGCUGCAGCAGGCCGAGGCCGCGGCGGGGGCGGCGGCGGGGCUGGCGGGCUCCGCCUCCGCCAUCGCGGGGCACGGGCAGGACCUCUACAACGCCGCGCGCAGGGGCCGCAACUGGAUUGACCGGAACCUGCGCAUCCCGCGCACGCCCGAAGGCCUGGCGCCCCCGCCCGACGAGGUGGCCCCUCCGCAGAUCAUCGGGAGGCCCAGCGAGGUGGAGCCUCUCCUGGAGCGGGCGGGGCAGCAGUCCUCUGCCGGCGGCGUGGAGCUCUACGCCCAGGACCAGGCCAUCUUCCUGCGCACGGCGGCCACGGGGCCGGCCAACCUCAUCGUGGAAGCCAACACGGGCGGGAUCAACGACGGGGAGGUGAUCGUGAACUACGGCUUCCAGAACCUCUCGGACGAGAAGCUGAAGCACAGCGUGGAGCCCGCGGGGCUCGAGGAGCUGCAGGAGCUCUUCGACGCCGUGGCACCCAAGUGGUACCGGCGCACCGACGGCAGCCAGAAGCGCACGCUGGGCUUCAUCGCCAACGAGGUGCAGGAGACGGGGCCCGUGGGCCAGGCGCUGUGCGGGAAGCUCGUGGACGAGGACAACGCGCGGAAGUUCCAGCACAACCGGGAGCUCACGGAGGGCCGGCAGCGGCGCCUCGCGGAGGCCGCGCCGGCCAGGAGGCUGCCCCUGGCCGUGCGGCAGCUGCGCGACUUCAACGCCCCGCCGCGCAGGGCGCCGCGGGAGCUGAACUAG